AUUAUUAUUAUUGAUCACCAUGGAUUUCAACUUUGAUUUUUUUUUUCAAUGUUCAUUUCUGGUAAAAUACAGAUAUCAAUGCUUCUAUAUCAUGUGUGUAUGCGUGAGUGUGUGGUUUCUAUCUAUUUGAUGUAUUUUUAUACAUGGAUGUGUAGACCAACAACAACAACAACAAUAAUAAUAGUAAAUGAUUCAUCAUUCCAUUUCAAACACUAGAUUAAUCAAUGAAUACGAGGCAAAAAAUUUUUUUUUUUUUUUUUAAGACCACCCAGAUUUUAGAUAUUAAAACGAAUUGGUGUGCGUCGUGUAUCUAUCUCUCAUCGGAAACAAAUGGUUGUUGUUGAAAACAAAUAAAAAAACAUCAGCAAUAAUAACAUUCAUUUAAAUCAUCCAAAUCAAAAUUUGAAAAAAAUGGUUUACAUAUUCUAUGUCAAAACAGAUUCACGUGGAACUGCUGAAUUUAAAUUACGAUGGCGUAUUGUUCAAGAUAUUGAUAUUAUCAUUGAAAUCGAUAUUGCUGGACCACCACCAGCAUCAAAUUUAUGGAAGAUACAGAUACCAAGACGUUUUCUUUUACAAGUUCCACGAAAUUGGCGAGACAUUCUUUUCACUUUAGAAAGCAUGACAUAUCGUUCUAUUCAUGGUGAUCAAUAUACAGAAAUGGAAUCCUCAAUUAUCAUUGAAGAAGAGGUCCGAGAAAAUAUGCGUGAAUAUUAUGCAAGUCAUGAAUUUGAACCACGUCGACCAUGGUCAUCGGUGAUAAGAGCAGCCUAUGCACGGAAACACUUUGUCUGGGAUUAG